GGCAAAACUCGUUAGCUGCCCGAGAAAACAGCGCGGAUCCGAACCGAACCGGAAGGAGCGCUGGUCGCCGGACCCAUUUUUACACCGCCGGCGAGCUGCCCCGGUCGUGCAGCAGCGUCAGGGUCUUGGACAAAGGCUGCCAGGUGCAAAUAAGCAAGGAUGGGCAACUGCUGCGGCCCGCAAAAAGCCUACAACGAGCCGCCCGAUGAAAUCCAAACUCCACCAUCAACGGCCGACGAGCCGGCGACACCGAGUGGACCGUUGGCCAGAGACGGGCCCAAGUCCGUCGUCCUCGCGUGUCUCGAUGGACCAAGCGAUUCGUUAACAGCCCAUCUGCGGGCCAAGCCCGAGCUCGAGGAGUUAAGGAUUGAGGCCGCGUCGUUGGGCAAUGUAGGAGCGUCGCACGUCGCGACGGAACUGGCUUCUUCAUCUUCGCUGCGGGAGCUCACCGUCGCGCACUGCCGCGUGGCUGAUCGAGGCUGCGCGCGGCUCGCGUCGCUCAUCGAAGCGAACCCUUUGACGCUCAUCGAUUUGAGCGGGAAUCGCAUCGGCCCCGAGGGCGUCCGGGCACUCUCCGAGGCGCUCCGAGGCCGCGCGGGCAAGCUCACUUUAUUGUUGGAUGAGAACCCGCUGGUGAGCACACCACCUAAAGCGGGCGUCGCCGCGCUCGCGGAUUUGUGUGAGACGCUUUCAACUUAUGACGAGGUCACGCUCGGCCUGUCGGCGUGCGGCCUGCGCUUCGACGGUAAUACCUCGGUCAACGGCAGAAAACUGCUCGACGCCGUCGUGGCCUUCCGCUCCGUCGACCUGUCCUACAACGGCCUCGACGACGCCUGCGCCCAAUACUUGGCACAGGCUUUGAGAACGCCCCCUCAGCGCCUCGACCUGCGCCACAACCCCGUGGGCUCCGCGGGCGAACGCGUUUUGGUAGAUGCGUGGAAAGCGAAUGGAGGCAACGGCCGGAUCCUGGCCCUGGACGCGGCGCCGAUGAACGCGCCGGCGGCGCUCGCCGACGUGACGGUCGAGACCUUCGACGACGACGACGCCGACGACGCGCCCGCGGCGGCGCCGGCGCCGCGCGUCGUGGUCUCCGCGGCCAAGCCGGCGCGCGUCGUGGUGUCCGCGGCCAAGGCCGAGACGCCCGCCGAGCCCGAACCGGCCGCCGAGGCGCCCGCUGCGUCGCCUGCCGAGCCGGAGGCACCGGCCGAGCCCGAAACGGCCGCGCCCGCCGAGCCUGAGGCACCCGCCGAGCCAGAGGCGCCUCCCGCGGCGCCCGAAGCUGCCGAACCGGCCGCCGAGCCAGCCGCCGCGCCGCCGCAGCUACAACCCUUCAAGGCCAAGACGUCGCUCAAGCUGGCCAAGCUCCUCGUGACCUUUGAGUCCGGCGGCGGUGACCUGAAGAAGGCCUUUGGCCAGUUCGAUACCAAUGACGACGGCCACCUCGCCGUCGCGGAGCUCCACGCGGCGCUGCAGGGCUUGGGUGAUACCUUCGGCGACUUGAGUUCGGAAGAUGUUGAUGAAUGUAUAGAGGACUUUGAGUUGGAUGGAGACGGCGUCGUGUCGUACGACGAGUUCCUCGCCUUCGCCCGGCGCGGCUGCGAGCAGCUCGCCGCGGCGGGCUGGGUGCCGCCGGCCGACGAGGAGACGAAGGAGGCGCCCGAAACGGUACCCUUGUCCGAGGCCUCGCUCCGCGUCGGCAAAGUUUUAAAACUCUACGAGGACGGCGGCAAUCCGUUAAGGACGGCGUUCGACAACUGGGACGUCUCCAAGAGCGGCAAGCUCACCGUCGACGAACUACUGGAGGGCCUGAAGGGCUUGGGAGCGGCCUUUGAGAAUAUGACGCGGGCCGAGUGCGAGAAGGUUGUUAUUGAUGCCUUCGCCAAGGACCCCGACGGCGCGACUGUGUCAUACUCCGAAUUCGUCGGGUUCGUUGCAAGGGCGCGGGGGCAACUCGACGCGGCGGAGGCGUAAAUAGCACAACAAUAUA